AAUUACCAACUUUGAAAAUGCUGACUUAGUCAUAUUUUCUCUCUCCUGAUUCUUUUGAAGUUUCCUUUUGUUGUUCCUAUCUCUUAGCUCCGUUCUUGGUUGCUGUGCUUCAUAGAAAAAACCAUGAAUCAUGGCAAAGAAAUUCUUACCAAAGUUAAGGAAAAGGUUGGCUUAGGUUCAACUGCAGAAACUGGGAAAGGGAAGAGCAAGAUAUCAAAGCAUGUUACGCAUGGCUACCAUACAGCGGAAGGAAAAUCAGCUCAUCCUAUGGAGGAUUACGUUUUUGCGGAGUUUAAGCAGGUGGAAGAUAAUGAGCUUGGCCUGUUUGCUAUAUUUGAUGGUCAUGUGAGCCAAGAGGUUCCUGAUUAUUUAAGAUCUCAUUUGUUCAACAACAUAUUGAAAGAGCCUGAUUUUUGGAAUGAGACUGAGAAUGCUGUGAGGAGAGCCUAUCGCAUAACCGAUGAUAAGAUAUUGGAGAAAUCUGCGGAACUGGGAAAAGGCGGGUCAACUGCUGUUACAGCCAUUCUUAUUAAUUGUGAGAAGCUGGUGGUGGCGAACCUUGGGGACUCUAGGGCAGUCAUUUGCCAGAAUGGAAAGGCGAAACAGCUAUCAGUUGACCAUGAACCAGAUAGUGAAAGGAAGGCUAUUGAGGACAGGGGUGGUUUUGUUACCAAGUUCCCAGGGGACGUGGCACGUGUUGAUGGGCAACUUGCAGUGGCAAGAGCAUUUGGGGACAAGACCAUGAAGGACCAUCUUAGCUCAGAGCCACAUGUUACAGUUGAGAUGAUAAAUGAUGAUACAGAGUUUGCCAUCUUGGCUAGCGACGGAAUAUGGCAUGUAAUGAACAAUCAAGAAGCAGUGGACUGCAUUAAGAACGUGAAAGAAGCUCGAGAAGCUGCAAAAGCUCUAAUUGAGGAAGCUCUAAAAAGGAAUAGCACAGAUGACAUCUCUGUAAUUGUUGUCAGAUUCCACUGAACUCAACUUUACCGGCGUUGAAAGAGCGAAGCUGUCCGCCUUGUAUUUUGUUGUUAGUAGAUUCAAAACUGUAAAGUGUAAACACUUUGUAUUUUGCAACGUCUGUGUUGUCAACCGUUACAUCCUUACUGUUUUUCAAUUACCGAUUGACUCAAAAAAUGUGAUGAAAUAUAUGUCUUGUCAUUUCUUAGAAGAAGAAUAA